AUGGAGCCGGAGUUUCCUCUACCAAACUGGGACGAGGUACCCCUCUUGUUGUCAACUCCAGAGAACAAUCUGGAGCCCAUGCCAUACAACAAGGACGUGGCCGCGCCAUUCGAAAGAUUAAUGAUGCUGCCAAAGAUUUGCACAGUGAUUCGGGAUGACAUUGAAGAGAACAGGCUUCGCCUUGUUGCUGCGAUGAAUGCAAGACCCUACGAUGCUAACAAGGUCAUAGUAUUGAUGGCUAGGUACGUCGUUGUAAUAGAGUCGGAGAUGGGGGCGCAAUCGACCCGCUUGCGUCAAACUGUGGAGGCUCGACACGAGCGCUGUGUCAAAAGCCUUGCCAAGCUGAUGCGAAUCGAGGAUCACUGGCGAAAUCAAAGAUUUGAGAACUCGGAUGACGAGGACCUUGCUCACGUCAACAAAUGGGUCAGUCUUGAUAUCCAAGAGAUCGAUAUCAUGGCCGAGGCGUGUAAGAAAGGCGUGUUCGUGGUUCGAGGCAACCAAGCAUAUAUCCAGCGAUUCGGCGUGACUUCCAACACUCUGAAUUUUGCACGCGGUGUUCACGGCAAUCUCCAGGCCAUUACUGCAGAGGUGGAACAGUUCAAACCCCUCACAGCACAAAUCUUUGCCAAACUGGGGGAACUCAGGUUGUCGGGUCUUCGCCCUCCCGCUGCUUAG